UUGAACGGCCGGUUUGGGCGGCAGGAAGGGCCGCGGACGCCAUCUUGUUUGUUUGAGUGAGCGGCUCCGCUCUGGUCGGGGAGGAGGAGCGGAGCGGUUACCGAGCCCGGCCUCGCCAGCCGCCCCCCACGCUGAACCGAGGUGUGCACUUGGCUUUAGACAUCUGGGACCAUGUUCUAUGCCCACUUUGUUCUGAGCAAGCGUGGGCCGCUGGCCAAAAUCUGGCUGGCGGCCCACUGGGAUAAGAAGUUAACCAAAGCCCAUGUGUUCGAAUGUAAUCUGGAGAGCAGUGUGGAGAGUAUCAUUUCUCCAAAGGUGAAGAUGGCACUUCGAACAUCAGGACAUCUCUUACUAGGUGUUGUUAGAAUCUACCACAGGAAAGCAAAAUAUCUUCUUGCAGACUGUAAUGAGGCUUUCAUUAAGAUUAAGAUGGCUUUUCGUCCAGGGGUUGUCGAUCUGCCUGAGGAAAACAGAGAGGCUGCUUACAAUGCCAUCACCUUACCUGAGGAAUUUCAUGACUUUGACCAACCACUUCCAGAUCUAGAUGAUAUUGAUGUGGCCCAGCAGUUCAGUUUGAACCAGAGUAGAGUGGAAGAAAUUACAAUGAGAGAAGAAGUAGGCAACAUCAGUAUCCUCCAGGAUAACGACUUUGGUGACUUUGGGAUGGAUGAUCGGGAGAUGAUGAGAGAGGGUAGUGCAUUUGAGGAUGACAUGCUAGUGAGCACCAGUGCCUCCAAUCUCCUACUGGAACCUGAACAGAGUACCAGUCACCUCAAUGAGAAAUCUAAUCACCUGGAGUACGAAGACCAAUACAAAGACGAUAAUUUUGGAGAAGGAAAUGAUGGUGGAAUAUUGGAUGACAAGCUUCUCAGCAAUAAUGAUGGUGGCAUUUUUGAUGACCCACCUGCACUCUCAGAAAGUGGAGUAAUGAUGCCAGAGCAACCUCCCCACGAUGAUAUGGAUGAUGAUGAUAAUGUGUCAAUGGGUGGACCUGACAGCCCAGACUCUGUGGAUCCAGUUGAACCAUUACCAACUAUGACUGAUCAGACAACACUUGUUCCCAAUGAGGAAGAGGCUUUUGCUCUGGAGCCUAUUGACAUAACAGUCAAGGAAACUAAAGCAAAGAGGAAGAGAAAGCUGAUUGUGGACAGUGUGAAAGAACUGGACAGCAAGACUAUUCGAGCCCAAUUAAGUGACUACUCUGAUAUUGUUACUACUUUGGACUUGGCACCUCCUACUAAGAAACUGAUGAUGUGGAAAGAAACUGGUGGAGUGGAAAAGCUUUUCUCUCUGCCUGCACAGCCUUUGUGGAAUAACAGGCUACUGAAGCUCUUUACUCGUUGUCUUACACCCCUGGUACCAGAAGACCUAAGAAAGAGGAGGAAAGGUGGAGAAGCUGACAACCUUGAUGAGUUCCUUAAAGACUUUGAAAACCCUGAGGUUCCCAGAGAGGAGCAGCAACAACAGCAACAGCAGCAACGAGAUGUCAUUGAUGAACCUAUUCUGGAAGAACCAAGUCGUUUACAAGAAUCGAUGAUGGAAGGCAGCAGAACCAACCUGGAUGAAUCUGUUAUGCCACCUCCACCACCUCAGACAGGUGUUAAACGCAAACUGCAGCAAGUGGAACCAGAGCCGGUGUUACCUCAUCCACCGUCACAACAGCUGGAAAUACCGCCUGUAGAAAUGCCUCCAGAGGAGCCCCAAAACAUCUGCCAGCUAAUACCAGAGCUAGAACUUUUACCAGAAAAAGAGAAGGAAAAGGAAAAGGAGAAGGAGGAGGAGGAAGAAGAGGAGGAAGAAGAUGGCACAGGGGGUGAUCAGGAUCAAGAAGAAAGGAGGUGGAACAAGAGGACUCAACAAAUGCUUCAUGGACUUCAGAGAGCUCUUGCAAAGACCGGAGCGGAAUCUAUCAGUUUGCUCGAGCUGUGCAGAAAUACAAAUAGAAAACAAGCAGCUGCAAAAUUCUACAGUUUCCUGGUACUUAAAAAACAGCAAGCUAUAGAGCUGACACAGGAGGAGCCUUACAGUGACAUCAUUGCAACGCCUGGUCCCAGAUUUCAUAUUAUUUGAAUGGUUAGGUACAGCAGAGCUAGUGGUCGUCUCACUAGUGUGUUACGUGUAUUGCCCCAUCUGUAGGGCCCACAAGACCAUUGCAGAAAGUUUUAGAUUUUAUUGUCUGUAUAAAGUUCUUGGUUUUGGUUUGUUUUUUUUCUCUUUGGGUUUUGUUUUUUGUAUUUCAAAUUUACCACUUAAAUUUGUAGUGAAACUGCUGGGGUGAGUGGCUUGAGUUCCAACUGCAGAAACCAGACAGCUCAAGGACCCAGCUGAAGAUGGUUUGAACAGCUCAGAGCAGAUGUGUGCAAUAUUGGUGCAUGUGACGUUGAGUAUCGAUGAAGGUGUCUUAUGGUAAUCUGACUCGUUGAUUCAGUAGUGGUAUUCUAAACCUAUACAGUAACCCUGAAUGGCCAACCUAUUGUCUGAUUACAAACUUUGCCAAACUCAUCUAAAACGUUGAGUCUGCCUCUCAGAGUAGUGUUUUUUUCCCCUGCCCUAGAUCUUUGUGCAUACCCUGGGUCUCUUAGAGCUGCCAGCACGACAGGUGGUGCCUGGUGUGUGGGCUUGCUUUGUCACUGCAUUUUGGCAGUUGGAUUUUUGUAGCCCUUGAUGCUGAGGGGAAACAGGUGUCUGUGAAAAGCACUUCCUCUACGUGAUACUCUUGCGUAUGUGAGAGGAUGGAACUUGUGUUGGAUGUUUCAGGUGAGAACGUUCCUUUUCACCGAGCACCUCAUUAUGGUCCACUACUGAGAAUGACUAAUUACUGUUAAUAAGCGUCAAAUAAAUACUCUAUAGUCAUUUCACUUAAGCUUUGAAGAUACGUUAGGUUUGUUAGAGCUGUAUAUAAACUCCAGACUUUUUAAAACAGACUUCUAGAUUGUAAAUUAUCUGGUUUUUAUUAAGCAGGCAUAUGAAUAGUAAGAGAAGGUGAACCUCUGUAAAGAUGUGAAAUUCACAUACCAUGUGUACCGAAAGGGCAACAGACUUGGCUAUAUCCAGUACAAACGGGCACAGCUCCACUUCAUUGGGUAGGAUAUCAGUGACUCUUUGGAAAUACCAAUGGGGUUAGGAUCGGUUUUCUCAAUAAUCCCUCCUCCUGGCUUCAGAACAUUUUCUGCUUUGCAAAAGAAGUCCUUUGUGAUUUCACUUCCAAAGAGUGAAGCUUUGCAGUUAGACCAGGGAGCGCCACAAAUCGUGAGUGUGUUGAUUAUGGAAGCCUGUCUUAACUUUGUUUUUAGGGCAAAAUUAUUCACACUUGAGGGUUCUGGUUUAACGUUGGCACUUCUGUGAAAUAAUUCUGGGAUUCUGAAAUUUCAGUGUAUACUCAACUGUAAAAUUAUGUGAAUGUUUUAAUAAACGAAACAACCUGAGA